AUGCGAUGGGUCGGGCCAUCAGAAGAACGUCGAGCGCAUAUUUUCGGCACCCGAUCGGCCACGGCCGCGAAGAACGAGGUGAAGCUGCCGUUCCUGGAUUCCGUAGCCUCGACACCUGCUCCCCAUCCUCCAAGCUCCUUCUUCACCAACCAAACCAUCUCUAUUCGUAUCUUCACUUGUGCACUCUCCAGCUCAAAGCCCGACUCGCAAGGACAACCUUCUCGUCCUUCGUCUCCAUCUUCGCCGCCCAAGCGCAACCCCAUCUUACGCCCACAGCCGGCACCCGUCAUCCUUCCUCCUGCACUCCAGGAGCUAGCAACCCUGUUGGACCUCAUCCACGCCUCGCCUUCCUUCCAUGCCGUCAGACGACUCCGACGAUAG